AUGUCCACGCUCUCCGCUUCCACUGCUUCCACUGAACUCUGGCGCUCAGGUCCCAACUCCCGUGGCACGUGGGAAAUCAUAUCGACCUGCCUGUCCACCCUCAUCAUAUGCGCCUGGAGCGCCGUGCACGUCGACGUGCCUCCGCACUACCGCAAGCGGUCCCUCAUCAACAAAGUCCGUUGGCUGCUCAUCGGGCUCCUGGCCCCCGACUGGCUUCUCUUCGCGGCCUUCAACCAACUGUGCUGCGCGCAGGAGCUCUCGCAGCGCGCGGGCAUCUACUUGCCCGUGGCGAAAUCGGCAGCCGCGACCCCUUGGCUGAGGAGACUGUGGAAGCAUACCGGUUGGGGUGCAAGGCACAAGUAUCCCUCUGACCCAGACAGCUUCCCAGAAGAUGAGCACAUCCUAUCGGCGGCAGUGGAGUUUGACGAGUAUACCACCAGCGCCGCGAGCACUGUGAGCGAGUCCGGCAUCCGCAGACAUGCUUGGACGCUUACCCACAGCUACUACGCGACCAUGGGCGGUUUCGUCCUGGACUCCUCGUCGACACCUGUGUUCGGCACAGAGAAGCGGAUGGUCCUCACCCCGCGCAUGUUGCACCUCCUCAUGGAGCACGCGCCCGAUCUCAUCCCCGACAUCUCGGCGGACCGCAUCCAGUGCUGGAGCAAGUCCGACGGGCUCGCGAAGGCGCUGCUCGUCACGCAGCUGCUGUACUUCGCCGUGUCCUGCGCCGCGCGCCUCGACCAGGCGCUGCCGCUGAGUCUGCUCGAGGUGUGGACCCUCUCGCACGCGUUCGGCGCGAUCCUCGUGUACGUCACCUGGUGGUGGAAGCCGCUGAACAUCGCGGAGCCCGUGGUCGUCACGGGCGAGAGGGCGCGCGAGUUCGCGGCUUACUUUCAGAUGGUCGGCAAGCCGGUCGCGCCGCGCGUCGCCGGGCUCGACGAUAACGUCGGCUUGGCCGAGGUGACCUAUCUCCGCAUCGCCCCCCGUAGACCCCCCGUGGACGGCACUGGGGCCUUCCUUGACGGCGGACGACUGGUGUGUUCGCUGGGCCCGGGUCAGCCAAUCCCGAUUGAGGAUUACACCUUCACCGUCUCAACUACAGGACCAGACCUUCAGAAUCGCCGCGUAUUUGGAAAGGCCUAUUGUCCGUGGUACGCCCAGAAGCGGGGACCAGGUGGUAGCGUCUCGCUUAGCAGUGCAGACAUCCUGCGGUGGCGGCUUGCCGCACGUGCUGCCUCACGGAUAGAUAAAGCCUGGCAGCCACAAGACUUGCUCCGGUACACCAGCACAGGCGGACUAGAAGCGUUUGACCCAUGGGUCAUACGCCACUUGUAUGUCGGUGCCAUCCUCGUUUCGCUCAUGACCAUAUACUCGCUGCCCCAUUUCCUGGGCUGGAGCAUCACGUUCCCGACCCUCAUCGAAAGCAAGCUCUGGCGUGUUGCUUCGAUCACCGUGGCAGCCCUUCCUACCGCUUACUUCACCCUAAUCGCUCUGGUUUACCGCCUGCCUUCCUCUCGACCGUCUGGAUCACUCCCUCUUCCCACCUACACUAUAGUGGUCAUGCUGUACUACUCGCUGAUUGUCAUAUACCCUCUUGCAAAUGGGUAUCUCCUGGGCGAGAGUCUCAGACAGCUCUUCCACCUUCCAGACGGGGCAUUCCUGCUCCCAAACCUCUCGGUCUAUUUUCCGCAUUUUUCGUAG